AGGUGGAAUAGUCAAGGGAGAUGUAAUGACGACCGGCAGGUGAGAAAGCACGUUCUCCUAAACGACCUUUCUGCCCAACCCGCAGCCAACACCAUUAAUUUCAAAAUUAACCAAAAACAAAAGGGGAGAAUUGAAGCGGUCUAGGGUUCUGACGAGACGAAUCCAAUUUCAAUAAGCAUAUUAUUGCUGUAAUCUAACGAGACGAAUCGAAUUCCAAUCAGCAUAUUAUUACUGAAUUCAUAGUUGGGAAAUCAAUCUCUCCCUCUCUUUCUCCCUCUUUGUAUAUAUAUGUAUGAAUGCAUGUGUAUACAUGUAUUUAUAGAUGUACUCCAGCAAUCUCAAGGGCUUUAUUCUGGCGAUGGUCUCUAGCGCCUUCAUUGGCUCCAGCUUUAUCAUCAAGAAAAAGGGUCUCCGAAAGGCCGGUGUCAACGGCCCCCGUGCUAGUUCUGGUGGAUAUGGCUACUUGUUGGAGCCGCUCUGGUGGGUUGGCAUGCUUACUAUGAUUAUCGGGGAGAUUUCCAAUUUCGUUGCUUAUAUCUAUGCACCUGCUGUUUUGGUAACGCCUCUUGGUGCUUUGAGUAUCAUCGUUAGUGCUGUUUUAGCACAUUUCAUGUUAAAGGAGAAACUGCAGAAAAUGGGAAUGUUGGGAUGCCUUUUGUGCAUAGUAGGUUCGACAAUCAUUGUGCUUCAUGCUCCUGAGGAGCGUUCUAUUAGCUCAGUUGAAGAAAUUUGGGAACUUGCUACUCAACCAGCCUUUCUUUUGUAUACAGCUUCAGCAAUAGCUACUGCGUUGGUACUAAUUUUGUAUUGUGCACCUCGUUAUGGUCAAACUAACAUAAUCGUGUAUAUUGGAAUAUGCUCAGUAAUUGGAUCAUUGACGGUAAUGAGCAUAAAAGCAAUUGGUAUUGCAAUAAAGCUAACAUUGGAGGGCACAAAUCAGGCCAAAUACUUCCAGACUUGGAUCUUUGCAAUGGUUGCAAUUACCUGUAUCAUUAUUCAAUUAAAUUAUCUAAAUAUGGCAUUGGAUACUUUCAACACGGCAAUUGUUUCUCCUAUUUAUUAUGCCUUGUUCACUUCUUUCACGAUUUUAGCGAGUGCAAUAAUGUUUAAGGACUACUCUGGUCAAAGUGCUAGCAGCAUAGCAUCUGAACUUUGUGGUUUCAUAACAGUGUUAUCUGGGACGGCUGUAUUGCAUAGUACAAGAGAUCCAGAGACUCCUCUUAUCACAGAUCUAUACACCCCAUUAUCUCCAAAAGUAUCAUGGUACAUCCAAGGCAAUGGGGAACUGUGGAAGCAGAAAGAUGAAGAUGAAUCAUCCCCUAGCUUUAUCACAAUUCUCCGGCAAGACUAUUUCAAGUAAAUACUUUACAACGGGACACCAACUUUUGGAUUUUGUCUCUUUCGUAGAUAGAGCAUCAAGAUCGAGAAGCACCAUUUGCCAGUGCCAGAUCAAAGCAUUGGUAAUUUUUGUUUUAGGAUUUCUUUGUUUCUUUUCUUUUUCUUUUAAAUUAUUCAAGCUUUAAUCUUUUUAGAAUGAAAAAAAAAAUCAAAUCAUUCUCGAUGCUAUUUUGUGCAGUAAUUUAGUUAUUUAAUUUUCAAUGAAUGAUUUGCGUUUAGGUUUUUGUUCUUCGAAUACUUUAGAGCUGCAUUCAUGCUAUGUAGGUUGUGCAGACGAGAAGUGUGGUUAAGGUGUGUGAGUACUUCAAAUGAGGUACACUUUGUAUUGUAGGGUUCUUUUCUUUCUUUUUCUUUUUUUUUAAUGUAAUUUAAUUUAUUGAAGUUCCUAUAAUGACAACAGAACAAUGUUGGAAUAUUUGUUUGUUCCCUGUAAGUUGUUGAAAGUAAUAUCAACUUGGGCCGAUUGAGCCUUUGUUUGA